CCUUGACUUAGACCUCUUGCAAACCUGUAAACCACAGCUCUCAGAUAUCUAGAUAACCGCGAUGGCCUUUGUUUACAAACGUGAUGGACGCCGAGAGCGAGUCGCUUUUGACAAGAUUACCGCUCGGAUAAAUAAACUUUGCUAUGGUCUUGACAAUGUGCAUGUUGAACCGAUUGAAAUUACUAAGAAAGUUAUCAACGGCGUUUUCAAUGGUGUUACAACAGUCGAAUUGGAUAACUUGGCAGCUGAGACAGCUGCUUAUAUGACCACGCGACAUCCUGAUUACGCUGUGCUUGCUGCGCGGAUCGCUAUCAGCAAUCUUCACAAAGAGACCAAAAAACUUUUUAGCCAGGUCAUCGAAGAUCUUUACAGAUAUGUCAACCCGAAGAACGGUCGUCCAUCACCUAUGAUCUCAGAUGAAACAUACGAAGCCGUCCAGGCAAAUGCGGAAGCUUUGAACAGCGCAGUCAUCUAUGACCGUGACUUCAACUACAACUACUUUGGCUUCAAGACGCUAGAGCGAUCCUACCUCCUGCGUAUCGACAAUAAAGUUGCUGAAAGGCCACAACACAUGCUCAUGCGCGUCGCAGUAGGAAUUCAUGGGACUGAUGUUGAUCGAGCCAUCAGGACUUACAAUUUGAUGUCAGAAAAGUAUUUCACACACGCAUCACCUACCCUUUUCAACUCUGGAACUCCCCAUCCCCAACUCUCGUCCUGCUUUUUGGUCAGCAUGAAGUCGGACUCAAUUGAUGGUAUCUAUGACACUCUCAAGACUUGCGCUAUGAUCUCCAAGACGGCUGGUGGAAUCGGUCUUAAUAUCCAUGAUAUCCGGGCCACUGGUAGUUACAUUGCUGGUACCAACGGGUACUCAAAUGGGAUAGUGCCUAUGCUGCGUGUCUUCAACAAUACGGCCAGAUACGUUGAUCAAGGUGGGAACAAAAGACCAGGUGCUUUUGCGAUUUACAUUGAGCCAUGGCACGCAGAUGUAUUUGAUUGGCUCGAUCUACGUAAAAAUCACGGAAAGGAAGAAAGCAGAGCUCGUGACCUUUUCUACGCGCUAUGGAUUCCAGAUUUAUUUAUGCAGCGAGUGGAAGACAACGGCGAUUGGCCCCUCUUCUGCCCGGCCGAGGCGCCCGGUCUUUCCGACGUUUAUGGAGAGGCGUUUGAAAAGUUAUUUGAUCAAUAUGAAAAAGAAGGCCGUGCCAAGAAAACAGUGAAAGCCCAAAAACUUUGGUACGCUAUCUUGGAAGCUCAAACUGAGACAGGAAACCCCUUUAUGUUGUACAAAGAUGCCGCGAACCGCAAAUCGAAUCAAAAGAACCUUGGUACCAUCAAGUCAUCGAACCUAUGUACUGAGAUCAUCGAGUAUUCAGCCCCAGAUGAGGUGGCGGUUUGUAACCUGGCCUCGAUCGCGCUGCCGACGUAUAUCACCGACGGAGUCUAUGAUUUCCAAAAGUUACAUGAGGUGACGAAGGAAGUCACGUGGAACUUGAAUCGUAUAAUUGAUGUGAACUACUACCCCGUCCCAGAAGCUAAAAAGUCCAACAUGAGACAUCGACCCAUUGGAAUCGGAGUCAACGGAUUGGCAGAUGCCUUCCAGAUCUUAAAGCUUCCAUUCGAUUCCCCGGAAGCCAAAAAAUUGAAUGCGCAGAUCUUCGAGACACUCUAUCACGCAGCGCUCGAAGCCUCGAACGAGCUUGCCGUGGCGGAAGGCGCAUACGAGACAUUCCCCGGGUCGCCCGCUAGUCUAGGAGAACUCCAAUACGAUAUGUGGGGCGUCACACCCUCCGACCUGUGGAAAUGGGACGAUCUGAAAGAAAGGAUAAAGGCUACCGGCUUGAGGAACUCACUUUUGCUUGCGCCAAUGCCUACUGCUUCGACCAGUCAGAUCAUGGGCUUCAACGAAUGUUUUGAGCCGUACACCUCUAACAUUUACACGCGACGGGUCCUGGCGGGCGAGUUUCAAAUUGUCAAUCCUUGGCUGCUCAAAGAGCUCGUGGAGAUGGGUUUAUGGAACGAUGAAAUGAAGAACCGAAUCAUAGCCCAUCAGGGAUCUAUUCAAAACAUCCCUGAUAUUCCCACCAAGAUGAAAGCAGUGUACAAGACCGUUUGGGAGAUUAGUCAAAAGGUGAUCAUUGAUCUAGCUGCCGAUCGUGGAGCUUUCAUUGAUCAAUCGCAAUCACUCAAUAUUCACUUGCAAGCUCCGACAUUUGGCCAACUGACAUCUAUGCACUUCUAUGCAUGGAAGAAGGGUUUGAAGACCGGGAUGUACUAUCUUCGUACCCGAGCUGCGGCCAACGCCAUUCAGUUUACGGUAGACAAAAAACUACAAGAUGAAGCCAAAGCAGCAAACAAGGCUGCUACCGCUACUACAAGCUCACUCAAAGCUCUUCUUGCACCUACAAAGUCAUUAUCGUCGCCGAUGAAUGACAUCACAAAUGCGACAGCUGUAGCUAGCAAAUUAACUCGAAAGGUCUCUGGAGUUGCACCCUCUACCUCAUCUUCAUAUAUAUCAACAGGUUCUCAGGUAACAGUCGAAGCGCCUACUUCCAAAGCACCAGAACGUGAAUUGACCUUUGAAGAAGCAAAGAAACGGGCUGAAGAACGCGAACUCGAACAAGCGGCAUUGAUGUGUUCACUAGAAAACCCAGGAGCCUGUACGAUGUGUAGUGGAUAAAAGAUUCCAUAAAAGCAUCUUGGGCCCCUUGUUUUCCUUUGUUCUUCUAUUUCUUGAUUUUGUUGGUUUAUACAUGCACUGGUGUGGAGAGAUUUUUUGUCUUGUUUUUGUUGGAGGAGUGGGGUUUUUUUGUAAAUGGUUGACUAUGAAUGGGUAUUGAAGAAAAAGAAAUUAAACACCUGUCAAUAAAAUUAAACCCUAAUUAUGUAAAAAUGUCUCUUUGAUUUUGUUUUUGUCUAUAAUGGGUUUGUUUGUUUAGUCUAUUUAUGGUCAUUGGUAGAAUUGAAAUGAAAGAGGACUGCUUUGGGAGUAUGAAGUGG